AAAACAAGAGGAUUCUCUGAGCUUAUAAUGUUUUGUAACUAGCUAGCUCUGUCUCUCUCUCUCUCUGUCUCUCUCUCUCUCUCUCAGGUAUUUCAAUAAUUUGUCUGGAGAUCUCCACCUCCGAAGCUACCACUCCCUUUCCCCUUCUCCUCCUCCACAUCCUUAAAUCCCCCUUCACCUACUCCUCUCACUCUCCACUCAUCAUCUCCAUCCCAUUCACUCUCUCUGUUUAUUUAUCUUGAUCUAAACUUUUGCUUUCUCUUAUCAAAAGUUCUCUAGAGCAAUGGCUGAGAAGCCACUGAUGCUAAAAGACUACUUAGAGCUUGACUCACACUAUGACUCAUUCCAGUGUUCAACCAUACGUUACCUUCUUGACUCUGAGCUCAACCAUACCAACCUCUCUAAACCACACUCUAAAAGUCCUGUUUCCAAGCUCACCACACUCAUGCAAGCCUUCUACUCAAGAAGCUUGUCUAAGAGACUGAAAAGAAGCUUAGUUGGUAGGAAUAGAUCAGCUAGAGAUGAGAUUAAGACUACCAUGGCUCACAAGAAAGACUUCAAAGUGAAAGAUAUCAUGAGGCUCAGCUCCUUCAACAAUGGUGGUGAAGGAGUACUUAUCAACUCUUGCUCCCCGGAAUGCCCUUCUCCUAUAGUUAGCAGUUGCAGCAGUGGUAGUACUAGUGGCCGGAGCAGUAUCAGCCGUUCAUCCUCCUCCUCGGGAUCAGAGUUCUUGAUCUCGUCCGUUGACAGCUUCACAGAAGUGAAUAGUAAACAAGUUUCACCGCCGGCUAGUGUCGGUGCCGGUGCUAGAGAUAAAAAUAUGGAUUUGGAGAGGAAGGAGAUGGAGAAACAAGAAUGCUGUUUCCAUUCAUUGGAAGAUGAGUCUGAAAAAGAACAAUUGAGUCCAGUGUCUGUUAUGGACUUCCCUUAUGAUCAAGAUGAAGAGGAGGAAGAAGAGGAAUCCACUUCUCAUGCUUUCCAACAAUCACUUGCCAACAUAGAAAGGAGUAAACAUCAACUACUACAAAAAAUACGGAGAUUUGAGUGCAUUGCUGAGCUAGAGCCAUUAGACCUUGAUCCUCUUUUUGAAGCUGAGCAAGAUGCAAAUGAAGAUGAUGAUGAAGUAAUUACAAGGGCUCUUGAAUUGGUAAAACAACUUAAGGAUAUCUCAUUUAUAAUGAUAAAUGAUAAUAUUGAGAAAAUUUUGGUAGACUUCUUCAUUGACGGCAUUUGGUCGAUCAGAAAUGAUGUCCUCUCUACUAAUGAUCAUUAUGUGAAAAAAGAACAAGAAUUAUUAAAAGAAGGAAUAAACUGGUUGAACCAAGUUGAGUACAGUGUAGGAGAGUAUGAUCUAAGUUUUGCAUAUCUUAAGGAGAUGGAGAAGAAUGGACGAUGGAGAUGCUUCAAGGAUGAUGAAACGGAUGUUGGAAUGGAUUUAGAGCUUGAUGUCAUGGAGUCAUUGUUGGAUGAACUUGUGCUUGAUUUAUUAGCAUGAGAACAAUGCUUUUGUUCCAGUUGACAUGUUAAUUAAAGGUGUGUGUACAAAUGUGUUAGUGAGAUUGUAAACUCCAAUUUUGCUCAAUAAUAGUGAAGUUUGUCA